GCCAAGAUGGCGGCGCAGAAGUUCAAACUUGACGCUAAAAAAAUGAUUGCUGCUCACAAUUCUCGUAACCGUCCAAUCUCACCUGAAAGUAGCAGUAACUGGGAUAGCUCUGAACCAGAAGAUGAUGCAGGACCAAGAAUUGAUACAUCAUCAUCUGAGGAAGAUGACAGGGAGUCAGUUAAGAGGUCACCCAUCAAUAUGAAACCAACCCCGGCUGCAAGAGUUAAUAGUGAUAAUAAAUUGAGACCUGAAAAAUUCAUCAAGGCUCAAGGUGGACUUACGCCUCAAGGAGGAAGAACACCAACAAAAACAUCACCGGCGCUAAGUUUGAAAAACUCUUUAAAGCCUGGAGUUAACAUGUUCGUUGAUCGUUCCCAACACAAUAGUGAUGAGGAUGAUAGUAGUUACUCAGCUCCAACACCGAAAAGAAGAGUCUCCAAAACAGAUUUACCGCCGUACGAUUUCAAAGGAGUUGCAAACAGUGAUAAAGGAAGAGUUGUCCGUGAAACUCAGCCUCCUGGUAAGAGUAGAAAAGGCAACACCUAUGAUCGGCCGCCACCAAGAGUUGCAAGUCCUGAAGGUGAUGAUGAGUUUUCCUGGGCUGAUUCUGAUGCUGAAGAAAGGACAUUAGCUUCGCUGAGAGCGGAUUUAGUUAAAAACAGUCCCACCAGAAGUGAUGUAAACACUCCACCGAGUAGAGAGAACAACAAUAAUUCAAAGACUCUGCCAGUCCGUAGAGAGGUGCAAUCCAGUGAGCAGUCUGCACAGUACGCACAAAAUCCUAAAAGAACACGAGACAAACAUCAGAGAAGCAUGUCACAGCAACAGUUAGUUUCCUCAUCCCAGAUAAACCUUGAAAGUAGUGGUUUACAAAAUCCAGCAUACAAUGACAAUUUUGGUCCUAGCGAUGAUGAUGGUAAAGAUAGAGCUAGUUUUGCUUACUCUGAAAAUGUUGGGUAUAUUUAUUAUUAUGAGCAUGGUAGUAGAAGAUACUAUGAUGGUAGAGGAGCACAGAGUGAUGCAUACAUGGCAGGGAUUGCUGACAAAUCUGCAGCUAUAAUAAAAAGAGGCUUACAAGAAUUCUUCCAUGCUUUACGCAUCAUAGUGGAAGCUUUAUUACUUCUCGUCCUUGAAUCUUCAAGAUUUGUCUUUCAAAACUUAGUUCAGUUUUUCUUAAAAGAGUUCUUCAUCGUGAUUGGAGACCAUUGUCUGCGGCCUAUGCUCUCUGCACUGUACAAUCACGUUGUUCAACCGAUCGUGGUGUUCUCGUACAAUGUUGGUGUGGGAUUCAAGCGUAUUCUCUAUCCAUUUAUUGAAAUUCUCCGGGAUAUAAUGCUAGUUGUUGCAAUUCCUCUUCGUGCCUUUAGACUCUUUGAACUCAAUUGGAAGGUACCAAGUGAUGUAAACGAUCAACGUUAUAGACAAAUACAGCAAGUGUAG